UUAAUCAAUCCUAUCGAAAAGUCGAAGCCAUCAGUAGCCCUUAUCGGUUCUUCGAUUUUGAGCUUGGUGAAAACAAGUCGUAUGCAUGACAUGGACGCCUAUUUAGAACAUGCAUACACCAUACCACAAGCCAGAAAAUCACUGGAAAGUUUAAACACGCCAGAUGUUGUAGUAUACCAGGUUAUCAGCAAUGAUAUUAAAGAUAGUCAAAAAACGGACACUGACAUAAUCGAUGAGAUGCAUACUCUGGUAAAUGAGACUAAGAGGAAACUUGGGAAUACGAAGAUCGUUUUAUCUUUACCACCACCAAGAAGCGACAAUGAAUUAUGGAACAUAAGAUCAGCAUCCAUAUCAGCCCAGCUACAAGCUAAAUAUCAUGAUGAUCGACAGGUUACCUGCUCUCUAAACAGCAACCUUGGAAGAAAUGGAACCCCAAACACAUCUUUAUACAGAGACGGAGUUCACCCAAACGAAAGGGGUACAUCAGUUCUAUGUAAAAACAUCCUUGAUUGCAUCAGGAAACUAUGUAACAUCACUCCCCCACAAAGGUUUGGUCCUAAGAGACCAUUUCAAGGCCAGAGAAAGUGGUUUGAUAGAUGGUGAAACUAACCAUCUAAACACAUCAUUUGUCAAUUACUGAAAAG